AUGGAGAGUUGUUAUUCUCAGCAGAGAGGCUUUCUAAUUUCUCUGUUUCUUUUAAAUGUAUUAAUAUAUUGGGGAGGAUAUGGGAAGGUGAGUGGUUGCUUGGAUUCGGAGAGAAAAGUUCUGACUACCUUUCGGAAGGCUCUCAACGACCCUUCCAAUCUUCUCUCUUCUUGGGAUGAUGAUGCCUCUCACUGCUGCAAAUGGAGAGGAAUUACCUGCCACAACAUAACUGGAUACGUUGUUAAACUCGACCUCCACACUCAUUAUGACGGGAUAUUUAUUAAUGGCAGAAUUGAUCCAGCAUUCAGUCUAAGUGGCAGAAUUGAUCCAGCUCUGGUUCAACUGAAGCAUCUUCAGUUCUUGGACUUGAGCUAUAAUGCUUUUUAUGGCACACCAAUUCCAAAUUUCUUGGGUGGAAUGAAGGAGUUGAGGCAUUUGAACUUGUCAUGGGCAGGAUUCAGCGGGAGUAUCCCUCAUCAGCUUGGAAACCUCUCUAAACUCAUUUCCCUGAAGCUUUCUUCAUCUUCUUUGAGUGCCAAAAACCUUUGGUGGUUGACAAGCCUACCUUCUCUCAAUUACCUCCACAUGGCUUAUGUGAACCUUUCCAUGGCAAGCCAUGAUUGGGUGCACGUAAUGAACAACUGUCCUUCCCUCGUUGAGCUACGCUUACCAUAUUGUGGUCUUUCAUAUAUUUCUCCAACUCUUCCUCCUGUUAAUUUCACAUCUCUCCGUGUCCUCGGUCUCCGUUUUAACAACUUCAACUCUACCAUUCCAAACUGGAUAGCUAACUUUAGUAGCCUCGUGUACUUGUAUCUCUCAGGUAACAACUUUCAUGGUGAGGUUCCUUAUCGAUUUUCACAACUUCCUAACUUGGAAGGGUUGGGGUUGGGAUCAACUGAUGAUAACCUGAGGGUUGAUUGGUCAGAGUUCCUUGAAGGCAGCUGGUGGAAGCUGAAGAUACUUGAUCCAUCUUUCAGUCAGCUGCAUGGAGGAAUCCCCAACUCUAUUUGGAAUAUGACAUCACUUGAGUCUCUCUCUUUGUCAUUCAGUGAGAAUAUAACAGGUAGCAUUCCAAGAGCCAUAACUAAGCUUAUCAAUUUAGAGACCCUGUCAUUGUAUAGAUACCAAAUGCAUGCGGCCAUUCCUGAUUGCUUAUAUGAGCUCAAAAAUCUUAAACACCUCAGACUCAGGGAUUGCAUGCUGACAGGCCCAAUCCCUGCAGCUCGUCUUGGAGGAUUGUCUUCCUUAGAAGAACUACAUCUCCCAGGGAAUCAGUUGAAUGGGACAAUCCCAACAACUUUAGGACAACUUUCUAACUUGUGUAGGCUUGACCUCUCUUACAACUCCUUGACAGGAAACGUGUCUGAAAGUGUUUUUGAAAACCUCAAAAAGUAG